UCAAUUGAUUUACUUCCUGUUGACAUUCGCUACAGUUUAAGUUUUUGAAAACAAGAAAGAACAUGUGAUCUCUGAUGUUGUAGAUUCAUAUUUAUUCCACGGAUAACGUCUUUUAUGAUACAACAGGCAUUUAUCACAUAGACACAGACUAAAUAUGGCUUUACCAUCCAUGCCGCACUAUUGGACAACCAGAAGAAAUGUUUAUGAGCAGGCAAUUGUUAGACAUAGAAACCAUGACGACCACUUACGAGAAAGAUGGAGUAACACAGCAAAUUACUUCCAGAAAUCAAACAUAGCAGCCACAAAACAGAGCGCAUGGGAGUCAGAGAAAUCUCUGAAGUCCAGCAUGGAUGCUUAUCAGAGAGAAAAAGACUCAGAUAAAAAGGCAAAGAAAUUAGCCCUACGCAGAGAGAAGCUGUCUGCCAUGCUAAGACAAGAAAGAUACAAGUUCGAGGCUGAGUUAAAGGGAUAUUCCUUGGACAAUUAUGAUCGCCUGGAAGACAUGAAAGACCGAGUUGACUCUCUAAAGAGUGCUCGGGAAGAAAAAAGGAAACAUUUGGCUGAGGAGAAGCUGUAUGAACACUGGAAACAAAACAACCCAGAUAUCAGAAGGCUUGAGUCUGAACAGCUGAAGGAUCAUGUGGUAGACAGAUGGGGAUCUCAAGUCGAGGAAUUCAGAGAGAAAGAAGAACAGGAAAGAAUUGAGAAAGAAAAGUUUGAGAGAGAGAUGGAGAAAGAAAGAAUAGCAGCCCUGGAGUUGGAGAGACAGAAGGAAGAAGAGAGAUUAGAGGAGGAGAAGAAAUGGAAGGACGUACUGAGAGAUCAGAUGCUGGAACUCCGCGAGCGAGAAGCUGAGGCCAGCAGACUGAAGAAGGAACAAGAUUCUCUACAGAAAGAACAGUGGAGGCUGGAGGAGUUAGAAGAGGAACGUAAAAAGAUGGAGGCAGGCCGCCGUCACAGAGAAAUGGGUCGAAUGCUAUUGAGGCAACACAAAGCCCAGAUGAUGAGACGGUCCAGACAAAUUCAGGAGGAGCUGGAACAAGAUAAGCAGAUGUUAGAGGCUCUUAUUGAGAGGGAGAAAGUGGAACGAGAAAUUCUCACCACGCGGAGAGAAAAAGCCCAGGCUGACGCGGCCUGGAUGAAGCAGGUUAUUGAAGAUCAGUUACGAGUAGAAAAGGCCAGAGAAGCUGAACUUGACAUGUUGUACCAAGAGGAAGCAGCUCGUAUGUGGGAAAAGAGGGACGCAGAAUGGGCGCGUGAGAGUAAGGCCAGAGAGAGGCUAAUGAGGGAGGUGUUUAAAGACAGACAGCGACAGAUUGAGGAGAAGCUGGAGGAGGUGCAGCGAGAACGGGAGGAGUCUCUGUAUCAGCGGGAGAAACUGAUAGAAGAGAUGGAGAUAGCCAAUCAGAUGACACAGCGUGAUCUCGAAAAAGCUGAGGAACAGAAAGAGGCUUUGAAACUGGAUCUCAAAGGACAGAUCACAGCACGUCAUGAACAGAAGGAAACAUCACGACAGAAGUUACAGGAGGAGGAGGAAAGGGAACGGCGGGAGGAACAGGAAUACGAGGACUUCCUCCGACAGGAGACUGAGAGGAUGAAAGUCCGAGGCUUCGCACCUAAGAAUUUUGGACGGAGGACUGCUUGGAUGUAACAGGAUCUGACUGAGAAGGUCUAGUUCUGACCAAGUUAGACUUCUCAUGCUUUUAUGUGAUCCACACUGCCAGGAAAAAAAAACAUGAAGUGCAGAAAUUUUAAUCUAUUGUCACAGUUUCCUUCAGCCUAGCAGCUGCUGUGACUUAUUUCUUGUUUAUGUAAUUUUCUUUAUUGAAUGGAUUACCAAAGCCUGUAGUACAGACAACUGUUAUGUAUUCUCAAGAAGAAUGUAUGUAAAUAUGCGAUUUAUUUAUGUGCUGAGAAUUAAAUGAAAUGUAAAUAUUCAUUCACAUA